UAUAACAGUGGGUAAUCUAAAAGGUUUUGUGACAUCAAAGUUGUAAGGAUUGUGAAUAAUAUAUCGGUUUAAUUAAAUCGUGUUCACAUGAAUGCAAUGUCUAUGAUAAAUUACGCACAUUUCAUUGCAAACAAAAUUAUAAGAUAACAUUGAGCAUGAUGUCCGCGUUUUGUCAAUGAGUUAAGCAGUGAUAUUGAACCAUUCAAACGUGAGAUUUGUGAUAUACAUCGAGGAAUCGGAUCAUACUACACUUUCUGUGCAGUGGGUAAACUUAAAAAUAUAUGAGGAUAUCUUUUAUAAUCGAACAUGUCCACACAAUCAAAGAAUAAACCCCCAGUGCAGAGGCCCUCGGAGAUGUUCAUUGAGCUCACACGACAGGCGGAGUGGGAUGAAUUCCAUCUGGAAAAACAGGCACUGAAUAAAUCACAGUUGUUUCAACAAUACUUGAGAGGCUACGAGGAAGUGAAGACCACUUUAAGCGAUGUUGAGAACAAGACGCGGGAGAGGUUUAGUUUUGUGAAUAUGGUGCUCAGAGACAAGGUGGUUGACAUCUUCCCCAUGUUCGACACACUCGAAGAGAGGACCGUUGUGGGAAACAAGCUUGCCAGACUUGGACUGGUGGAAACCCUGGAGGAUUACUAUGACUACAUAAUGGACGACUUGUCGUUAACCUCUCUCACCGACGCAAUCGUGUUGAAAUAUAGAGAGGACUCAGGAAUGCGAACCCUGUUGACAAUACGGCGUCUGCUUUGGGACUACUCUGACAGUUGCCAUACAUUCUCAGAGUCAGUCGCUGACAGUGGAUUGUUUCAGAAGCUUAUGCUAGAUUUACAUCUUAUAUCUCAGGACGGUUUGGGAGGAUUGCAAUCCCAAAUUGAGAAUGACAGUGACCUGUUCAUAUUCUCUUCUGCAGUAAGCAUUCUGUACAACUCUGCUCGAAAUCCUUUUAUAGAAAAGGAACGUUUCCGUCAAUAUCGAACUGUGGAAAAGAUGAGAGUAUUUUUAAAAUGCCAGUGUCAGUACAUUCAGAUGAUAUCGCUACUGGCCAUGGCAAACAUCAUCCGGGAAAACGAGGUCCCAGACCUUACCACGGAGUUCGAUGUUGUGUCAUUCAUCACAGAUGCAAUCUUAGCGGCAACACAGGCGAAGGACAGGCGAGUACAAGGAUUUCACGUGACAGAGCUCGUUGACGGACUGACGGCGUUAUGUCAACAUGAUGACGUAAGACGUAAAGCCUCCAGGAAGCCUACGCUCCACCUGGUGCUUACAAUUCUCAGUGAAGGCAGUCCGCCGGAAAAACUCGCAGUGUUGAAAUUAAUGUGGGAAAUGAGCUUUCUGGGAGAUAGCAGGAAGAAAAUACUGGCGGAGGAAGAUCUCACAGAACUAAUACGCGAGCUGACAUUUCACAACAAUCUAGACGUCAAAUGUACAGCGAAGAAGGCAAUGUUUGUCCUUAGUCAGAAGGAUGACAGAGUGAUUGAAGUGGAAUGCAGACCAGUUGAUGAGCGAGUGCAACCUCACGUUAUGAUCAGUUACCACUGGGGAGACAGGACUAAAGUUAUAGAGAUAUAUCAUGUUUUGAGAGCAGAGGGAUACAAUAUUUGGAUCGACGUGGAAGAAGUCAACAAAUAUCCUGACGUCACGAAUGCAAUGACGUCAUCAAUAGAAGAUGCCAAUGUUGUUCUCGUGUUUAUGUCAGAAAAAUACAAGAAUAGCCGGAAUUGUCGAACAGAGCUUGAGUAUGCAUUUGAAUUGAAGAAGAUAAUAGUUCCACUUUUGGUGCAGCAAAACUACAAAGCAGACGGAUGGUUGCGUGACGUCAUUGGGGAAAACCCAGGCACGAUAGAUUUCACCCGAUUCACACAUUCAAAGAUGCAUACCCUAAGACAGAUAUUGCAAAAAGAUCAGCAAGCAGCUGUCCAGCCUCUAUUUCGUUCGCCUUCACGUGUUAAGUCACGUGCUGCAGUCGCAUUAUCUACGCCACGUGGUACAUCGAGGAUGAUGUCAAGAGCCUCGAUUUUGAGUCCAGCAAAUAUAAAGUCUGCCAAGCAGGUGUUAGAUUGGACAGCAGACGACAUUCAACAAUGGGCGAUGGACUUCAAACUAGAAGGCCGAGCAUUCAGGACUGUUGCAAAGAUGAAUGGCGCCCAGAUAUACUUCGUAUUCGAAAACUGGAUAAAGAAUCCCGCUCGGUUCUGUCACUGGAUUGAGACCACCAUGCACCUCGGUAGUGUCGAGGAUCUCAUGCGAUUCAGGAACGCCAUCAAAGCGCUCGUCACCUACACCACGUGAUGGUAGAAUCGAAGAUCUCAUAUGCCCCAUGAAAACCAUCAAAGCGCGCGUCACCUACAUCACGUGAUGGCAGAAUCGAAGAUCUCAUGUUCUCCAUGAACGCCAUCCAAACGCUUGUCACUUAAACCACAUGGUUGCAAUAACGAACAUAUAAUGUGAUACAUGGACUCCAUCAAAGCGCUUGUCACCUGCACGGUGUGAUUGCAGAAACGAACAUAUACGCUGGCCACCUAAGCCAUGUGAUUAAAAUAACGAACAUAUAAAUGGAUACAUGUACGCAACCAAAGCGCUCGUCACCUUCACUACGUUAUUACAAUGUCGUUCAUGUCAGGAGAUGAUGCACGCAAUCAAGAAGCAAAUGCUAAAUACACUUAUUUGUUUUUCCACGACUGUUCAAGAAAAAAAAUCGGUAUUUGUUAUGGUAUCUGAAAUAAUUCGCACUCCGAAUAUAUCUUAACGCUAAGACUCUUGUCUGUUAAAUCACCAGCUUUCCCCGAUGCCAAUAUUGCAAUAUAGUAGUUUGCGGUAAAACAUGAUUUUUUUUAAAUCCGAGAAUUUUCAUUCAAAGUAAAAUCACUGACUUCGUUUUGUACAAAGAACAUAAAUUUGAAACAGGGUUUAAUUUAACUUUGAAACAAAAUGCAUUGCCGUUGCUUAUAAUUUGAUCACACUUUUUCCACUGGCCAACCUGAUUUGCAAUAACAAAUUAGUAAUGGAUGAAACAAUUUCUGAGCACUCGUGAUAUAGUGGCUGUUAUAAAUGGUUCUUUAUAAUAUUCACUUAUAUUUUGGUAAAGAAGGUCGUGAGUGAUGCCAUCAAAUUCUGAGUUGGAACUCUCGCUAUAAAAAGAGUGGAGUGUUGAUGCAACCAACCGUCUGUAAUUUAUACUGAUAAUCGCCAAGGAUUUAUCAAUCUUGAUGGACUUUCAUAAGCAUCAUUGUGUUAACAGAGCAUCAAUAUGAAACAGUCUUCAAUUUGACAUUUAAUCAAACAUUGAUGCUUAUAAUAUGACCUUAUUUUUUCCAAAUGACAGCAUACACAUUGAAUUAACCCUUUGCAUGCUGGGAAAUUUGUCGUCUGCUAAAAUGUCGUCUGCUGAAUUUCUAAAAUUAGCAUUUUCUUCGAUUUUUUUCAAAGAAUAUUAUCAGAAUAGCAAACAGUUUGGAUCCUGAUGAGACGCCACGUUUUGUGGCGUCUCAUCUGGAUCCAAACUGUUUGCAAAGGCCUUCAAAAUUCGGUUCCCGCACUGAAAGGGUUAAGAAUUUAUAGCGGAUGACACACAUUCGUAUUACACGGUAUAUAGAUUUAAAAUUGAAUGUGUUUUGUGCUAUAAAUGUUAAAUCUACAUAGUUCUUUAAAAUAUAAACUUGUGUUAAAGUUUAGAAUGUCAUGCGUGAUGAGACAAGCAAACAUUCGCUUUUAACAGAAAUAGUGUCGCAAUGUGUAAUAUAUACUGGCUAUUAGUCUGAAUUUUUCUCAGCUAGUUCAAUAAUUUAUCAACCGUAAUGUACUUUCUCAAGAGCUACAGCUGUCUCAGGUAGAAAAUUCUUUGGAAUGCAAAUAUAAUGUAUAGAUGAACAAUAGCGUCGUUGGACAAUAUUAUAAUUCCAAAUAUUUUAUUUGUUAAACUGUUUAUGAAUAUGCAAAUAGAAAGUAUAUCACAUUCGUCUUAUCUCUGGCUUACCUCGAAUAAAUGAAAAAGAGAAUAAGGGGCGCUAA